AUGCCAGCACCAGAAGCAGACCGGCACCGAGCCAGGACCCGACCCGCGGUCCGAACCCGAGUCCCGCUCCGGCAGCUCCUCCGGGUCGCGUCGGUUGCAUGCGGAAUUCAAUUCGGGUGGGCUCUCCAGCUCUCGCUCCUGACCCCCUACGUUCAAGAGCUCGGAAUCCCUCACGCUUGGGCCAGCGUCAUAUGGUUGUGUGGGCCCUUAUCGGGCCUCGUGGUCCAGCCCCUGGUGGGCCACAUGAGCGACCGGUCCAACAGCCGCUUCGGUCGCCGGCGGCCCUUCAUCGUCGUCGGAGCUGCCUGCAUCGCCGUCGCCGUUCUCAUCAUCGGAUACUCCGCCGAUAUCGGGUACUUGCUCGGCGACCGAGGCGGCGGAGUCAGGCCCAGAGCCAUCGGCGUCUUCGUGUUCGGGUUUUGGAUUCUGGACGUGGCCAAUAAUGUGACUCAGGGUCCUUGCAGAGCUCUCCUCGCUGAUCUCACUGCAAAGGAUUAUCGAAGAACUCGAGUGGCAAAUGCUUAUUUCUCUCUGUUUAUGGCGGUUGGUAAUGUUCUUGGCUAUGCAACUGGAUCAUUCAGUUACUUGUACAAGGUUUUUCCAUUUUCAAUUACUCCUGCAUGCAAUAUUAACUGUGCAAAUCUCAAGUCUGCUUUCUUGGUCGACAUUGCCUUCAUUGUAAUUACUACGUGUGUAAGCAUAUCAGCAGCUCAGGAAUUACCUCUGAGUUCAAGCAACAGUACUACACCCUUUUCUGAGGAAGGGCCAGGACAGUCGAGCCAUGCUGAAGAAGCUUUUCUCUGGGAGCUUUUUGGGACUUUUAGAUAUUUCUCAGGGUCUAUAUGGAUAAUCCUACUUGUUAUUGCUCUAAACUGGAUCGGGUGGUUUCCAUUUCUUCUCUUUGAUACCGAUUGGAUGGGUCGAGAGAUUUAUGGUGGCAAGCCAAAUGAAGGGUUAAAUUAUAAUACAGGUGUUAGAAUGGGUGCUCUUGGUCUGAUGUUGAACUCGGUUGUUCUUGGUAUAACUUCGGUGCUUAUGGAGAAGCUUUGCAGGAAAUGGGGGGCUGGUUUCGUGUGGGGGAUUUCAAACUUUCUCAUGACUCUUUGCUUUCUUACAAUGCUUGUUAUUACAUAUGUGAACAAGGGUAUUGGCAUUGUGGGCCGUGAUUCGCCUCCAGAUGGCAUUGUGAUAGCCGCACUGGUUGUUUUUGCAAUUCUUGGUGUUCCAUUGGCGAUCACAUACAGCGUUCCGUAUGCCUUGAUUUCUUCUCGUAUCGAGUCUUUGGGACUUGGCCAAGGGUUAUCAAUGGGUGUACUGAAUCUGGCAAUAGUAAUCCCACAGGUGGUGGUAUCCCUGGGAAGUGGACCAUGGGAUCAGCUAUUUGGUGGUGGAAACUCUCCAGCCUUUGUCGUGGCAGCAGUUGCAGCCUUAGCCGCAGGGCUGCUGGCCAUCUUGGCUAUUCCGCGGUCUGCUCCUCAGAAGCCCAGAGCUUUCACAUGA